AUGACUCCUCGUGAGCUAGCUUUUCCCGGCCACCUGACUCCGCCUGAUAUCCAGGCUUACCAACAAUUUUCCAACCAAUCUGGGAACCCCCUUUUUUCGUCCAACCGGCUUCGGAGUUUCCGGAAACCCAUGCCCCUCCUACUGGACGGUGUUGAUGGCCGACUAAACCCCGAGUCCUUCUACAUAAAAUCUAAAUCUGCAAGCAAACGUAGGCGAGACCUCCAAGUGCAGGAAAUAUUGCCAGUGGGAAGGUUUUUUGAAAUGCCUGCUUUGAGUCCAUUCGAAACUGAGGUAGGAUGUAAAAUAAAGCCAGUUUUAAGGAUGAUUCAGGACUGUAGGUUGGAUGAUCAAAGAGUCUGUGAGUCGUUAACCAUCAACGAUUUGAAACCCAGACGUCCCAACUCCAUCCAUCAGGCAGUAGAGUCAUACAUGAGGAGCUGUUCGCUUAAAAGUUAUUCAGUUGUAAACAAACAAGCAAAAGAGGAAUCUACCUCAGAAACCCUGAUGCCUGAGCCCUCCCUUCACACCUGGAGAAUGGCAAGCGAAAUUGUUGAACUAAUACUUUCCGGUCAAGUCUCGUGGAAACAUAUAGAGCCCAAAUUCAAGUGCCGUGAACCUGAGAAGCAUGAAGUCGAAUUAUUUUGUCGACUUUCGCCUCAACAGAAGAGACACAAAAAUGUCUUCCUCGAGAAUGUCGAUAGAUGGGGUGUAAGAAGGAACAUUGAUGGACCCUUUUGGCCAUUUGGUUUGGGGCCUCUUGGCCCUCCACCAAACCUUCGAGAUGGUUUUGAAUUAUGGAACAUGGAGAGACCACGCCAGAUUUUCCCCUACGACGAUGAUGAAUGCGUGUUUGCGCACUGUUACCCGUACACCUACACCGAUUUGAAGACCGAUAUUCGUGACAUGAUGCAAAAAGCAAGAAAAUUGCAAUCUGGUAGUGUUAAAUGUGAAAAGUUGUGCUCUACCCUCGCCGGGAACACUUGUUUUCUCAUAACUAUCACUGACCCCGGUAGAGGUGACGUUUGCUUUUCUGCAGUGAGACAUUCUAGGUGUUCUCUUGUUGGUAGAGACGUUAAUCGAACGUACACAAUCUAUGGACCGGAUCGUAUUCCAGAAGUGCAUUUCACUAGAAAGCUUGUGGAGCAAUGUCAGGACACCUACAAGGAUGUAAUAUUUUGCGAUUUUCAUGGACACAGCCAGGCAUUCAAUGCAUUCAUGUACGGAACGGACUCUGGUUACCGAUCUGUCAGUGUGGGUGGUUUAAUUGAACCACCCAAAACCUAUCUUACAAAUCCAAAACAGUACUUAGUUGACAGAAUGAUUCCAUUUCUAAUCAGCAAACAGGAUCCGCGACGAUUCUCCUUUCGGAGUUGUCGAUUUUCUCUACAGCCUUGGCGCGAGGGUUGCGCUCGAAUAACACUGUGGCGAAAGUUCAACUUAACCCAUUGCUUUACCAUGGAAACAUCCCUCUUUGGCACAAAUUUGGAACCUGGAUCCAGUCUACGCUACUUCGACCGCGGAGACCUCCAAACGCUUGGCCGAAGCGUGGCCUUAGGCCUUUUGGAAUUCCACAAAAUCUGCAGUGAUGACAAUAAAUUUACUGAAACGCUUAUUGAAAUGGGCAAAGCAAUGCUGCAAGAGAUUAUGCUUAAUCAAAUUUUGUCAACAAAAGCAAAGAACUCAUUGAAAACAUCAAAUACCGGACAGUUGGAACUCAACAAGGACUUCGAAACCAACAUAGGUUCUGUGGAUGAUUUUGCAAAUGCCUUCAACAAAUAUGGAGAUUUUUUGGUGGAAGACGAUGAAGUGGACAGUAGCAGUGUUUCUGAUGCCAGUUCCAUCAGUGCAAGUGAGUUUAUUGUGGCAAAGCCGCAAAAUAUGGCGGUGAGAGGGAAUUCUGCGCCUGUGGGAAAAUGCAAAAGGCGGCGUCGAAAGCAUCGGAAGUGUAGACGGCGAAGAAAGAAUCGGAGACGCAGGCUGGCUCUUCUUAGAGCCGCAUUGGGAAAUCAACCUAAGGUUGGCGCAAUUAUUUUAGCACCGGUUUUACUUGUACUAAAUAAAAAUAAGUAG